UCGCGAAACCCACCGUAGAUCUGCACUUCCAUCCCUGCGCAACUUAUCAUGUGCCUGCACAAUUCCGCGUCUGCUCUUCGUGGCGGAGAAGUCGCCGGCGGAACUUGGGCCGAAGAGCUCCACAGCAGCUGUCCUUGUCCCACUUAAGGCGCGACCCCGCCAUGGUGCGGCGGCCUCUUCACUUCAGCUUGAACCUUUCUUUUUGCUACACACUUCCUGAUUGCUAUCGACUUUAGUAGCAAUGUCUAGACCAGCACCGACGCGUGCAGCUUCCACGAAUCUCGGCGGUGGCUCGAACUUCCGAGCUCUUGAGGGCAGGGUGGGCAUCAUCACCGGAGCUUCGAGAGGUAUCGGCGCCGCAAUUGCGCGCAAUCUCGCCAGCAAAGGCUGCAACCUCGUCCUCAACUACACGUCCGACUCGUCCACCAACAUCACCGAAGACCUCGCCGCCGAGCUCGAAUCCGAACGUGGUAUCCAGACGGCAAUUGUGCAGGCCAGCAUGGGCUCUGAGAACGGACCGAAGCACGUCGUCGAGGUAGCGAAGAACCACUUCAAGCACCCCAAGACGGGCAAGUUCCAGCUGGACAUCAUCAUAAACAAUGCGGGCGUGGCCGGCAACAGGCUCAUCGAGGAUGUGGACUGCGAAGACUUUGCCAGGCAGUACAACGUCAAUGUACGAGGCCCGCUCCUUCUCAUGCAGGCAGCGCUGCCAUAUCUACCCCACGACCGAUCCGGCCGCAUCGUGAACCUCUCGUCGGUUAGCUCAUCGCUCGGAUACAUAAGUCAGUCCGUCUACGGCGGGACAAAAGCAGCGCUUGAGAGCAUGACGCGGACUUGGUCUCGCGAGCUGGCUGAACGAGCAACGGUCAACGCUGUCAACCCAGGCCCAGUGGCAACGGACAUGUACUGGGGCAGCGACGAAACCUUCCAGGCGCGAAACAAGCCCUUCAUUGAGAACACGCCGCUCGCGGCACCGAGAAAGAGCAUAGACUCUGAGGAGAUAUAUGAGGCGUCAAUGAAGGCAGGGGGAAGGCCCGCAUAUAGCGAGGAAGUUGCCGGUGUCAUAGGCAUGCUUUGCCUGCCGGAAGCCGGAUGGACAACGGGCAGCGUGAUUUGCGCUAACGGGGGCAUGAGGUUCAGCUUCUAGAUGGGGCGUGGUAGUCAGCGCCGCAUUUGCAUCGGAGUGUGUGCCGCCGUGGGAGGCUGGGCUAAGCACCAUGGUACGCUUCUGCAUGUGCAUGUCAGCGUGCUUCCGUAGCGGCUCUAUGUACACGACGGACUGCGGAUGCACGCGCAAAACC